AUGACCCCUAGAAGGUUGGCACCGGGAGGUCAAAGAGAAUUGUCGUUUGCCGAGCGCAAAGCACAGGACACACCUCCUUCGACAUCGUCUCCGGCAACUGCAACCGGAGACAUACUGGUUCGUCCAGGGCGCAAAAGACACUCAAGGCCGGAUCUCGUCAAGCAGCAGAACACCGUCAACUUCUUUGAAGACGCCUUUGCCGUGUCCGAGGGCAACACGGCCCGGGAAAGGGUACAUGGGGAUGCCAUUGUCAUGGCCGAGGUCAAGACGAAUGUCAUCAUCAGUGACGAGUUCACUCUCAUCACCGAACUCUCGUAUCACCUAUCCACACGGUAUCAGCGCCCUGUCUCCUCCAUCGUCGUCACCUUGCAGCACGGAGCCUGCAUGCUUUUCGGAGGGACCUUUGACCCAGCCUACGUGAUGUCGAUAUAUGCGCUGCCGUCGCAACUAUUGCCGACAACCAACAAGCGAAAUGCGGCAUUGAUCCAGAAACACAUGGAAGAAGCGAUAGGAGUAGUACCAGCGAGGGGCUUCCUGAGGUUCGUCCCUACCAAGGAAGAGCAUUUGGCAUGCAACGGCAAGACGAUGGCUGGGGAGAUUGAGGAGCUGGAAAAGACAAUGAAUGGAAUAGGUCUCGGAGGCGCCAACGUGACACUGGAUGAGGCACAGGGAGCCAUAUCCAGAGGCUUGAAGGCCAGGGGGAAGCUGAGUGCCAGGCCUAUGGCAAGCUUUCGAUCAUUAUCAGCGGCAGGGUUCCAUGCCAGAGAACUUACACCACCCACCAGCGCUGACGAGGCGCUUCCAACCAUUCCAGGCUCACCCUCGACGUCGCCGGGGGCAGCUCAACCUGGCGUCGGAGAUAAGGAAGGGCUUCCACGAGAGGAGGAUCAGCCCAGGACAGCACGUAAGAAGAAGAGCUUUGUGGCUGCCAUUUUCGGCCGGUCAGGUAGUGUCAAAAAGCCGGGGCAUCGCUCCUCAUUGCCGGUGAUACGUGAUUCAGGCUGA